AUGGCCCAACAUGACGAUUCCUCACGGCCCACUUUUACCUUAUUCCCGCGUCAAAAUCCUAGAGUGGUCUCAAAUAAAGCUUUCCAAAGUCGCCGCCCGUUCCCAUUAAUAGCUUUAUCGGUGUUAAUCGGCCUUUUCAUACUCGUUUGGAUAUACUUCUUUUCAAUAUUUCACACACCACAUCAUUCCAAUAGCUGGCGGCAUCAUCAUUAUCACAACUCUGGCCUCAAGAUCCAACAUAUCGUUCACUCGCCUUCCUUUCGUCGAACGAUUUUUCGAACACCUGCUGCCAGUUCUCUAGAACAUAGAGACCUUACCCUGUUACUCACAAUCGCGAACGAUACGACAUCAUGGGGGUCUCUAACUGUUACAUCUGACGCUGUUUUCACCUUUGAAGAUUUCAUAUCCAGAAUACGAGCCCAACAGAUACCAGCUGAAAGUCUCAAUCUAGGUCUUUUAACUAGCGACCUCCAAGCUUAUAAUAGUUAUGUAUCAACUCUAUCAAGAUUGACACCAGUAGAAAGGACACCAUGGGCAAGAGCCGAAAUAAUAUACCUCGAAAAGCUACCGGGUCCGAGUGGGCAGAUGCAGGAUAGCUUUGGGAACAUAGCAGGAGAAUCAAGACAUGAAAUUGAUUUAAAUGCUCAACUUGAAAGGAGAAGAUACCUGGCCCGUCUUCGAAAUUUCUUGAGCUCGCAUAUGUUGACCCCGGAGGUUGAGCAUGUGAUUUGGCUUGAUGCGGAUGUAUAUGGUUUACCGGUUGGAUUAUUUAAGCGUUUUCAAGAGUUGGGUAGGAUCCCAUCGGACUCUAAUAUCGAUGGCAUGGUGAAAGCAGGGCUUAGGGAGGCCGAAAGCAGGGUAAUGCCGGGAGAGAAUAAUUCUGAUAGUGUACAGGAGAGGAGCACACCGAGGAGCGCACCUCCCAUUGGGUUAAUCACAUUACGCUGUCAGAGCUUCGAUCGCCCAGAUUAUGACAGAAACGCCUGGUCAGGAUUUGGGAAACGCCCACCGAGUUGGAUAUUGAAUAAUAUUCUAAGAGGAACGGAGUACCCUGAAAUGGGUAGUUGGGCCAAAGCUGUAUCUCAGCUUAUUGGCGAGACUGAUGAUAACGAUCUUGUAAAAUUGGACUCGGUGGGCGGGACAGCUUUAUAUAUCAGGGCGGACUUGCUUAGAGAAGGAUUGGUGUUUCCGGUACACUCAAUCAUUGGUACGGAAUGGGGAAAAGAUGGGAAGGAUGGAAUCGAGACGGAGGGGCUAUGUUAUAUAGCGGAGAGACUCGGCUGGGGAUGUUAUUCACUUGGUGGGACAUGGAGAACUCUGCAUGCUGAUGUAUAA